AUGUCUUCCUCUCUUGACAAUAGGAAGAACUCCACCACAAUUGCGAGACAGGACUCGCUUACAUCAGCUGAGCAAGUAGCCAUCAAAGAUGAAGCUCAACUCGUCAAUGCGUCUGGACAUAUUCAAGAGCUCGAUCGCAACUUCAACCUUGUAAGCUUGGCAGGCUGUGGGUUAGUGGUUGGCAACGUGUGGCCCGCCCUGGGAGGAUCAAUCCUCGUCGCUAUUUACAAUGGAGGCGCUCCAGGUGUCCUGUACGAGUUCAUCGCCGUGUCUAUAUUCUACUGGAUCGUUGCUGCAAGCAUCGCAGAGCUUGCCUCUGCCAUUCCCUCCUCGGCUGGCGUAUACCAUUGGGCUUCAGUCACUCCCGGGCGAAAAUGGGGUCGUGUGAACGGCUUCUUCGGCGGUUACUGGAACUGGCUUGCAUGGGUCUUUGGCUGCGCUUCGAUGGCAUUCAUCUUCGCAAACACGGUUGUCCAGAUGUACGGUGUCACACAUGCUGACUUCGUGGCUAAACCAUGGCACGUUUUUGUGGUCUACCUUAUUGUGACGUGGCUCGCCUGCUUCAUGGUCUGCUGCUUCAACCGAGCGAUGCCAUACAUGACCCAAGUCGGGAUCUUCCUGAUCUUGGCCGGCUUCCUCAUCACUGUUGUUGUCUGUGCUGCGAUGCCAGGACAUGGUGGCAGACCUCCUCAUGCAACCUCAAGCUUUGUCUGGACCGAAUGGAACGCAGAUAUUGGCUACAGCGGCGGGUUGACCUUCCUACUGGGCAUGUUGAACGGAGCCUUUGCUGUUGGAACACCCGAUGUGACCACUCAUUUGGCUGAAGAGAUUCCGGACCCUCAGCGCAAGGUGCCGCAAGCCAUUUUCUGGCAGAUGGCUAUUGGCUUCGUGACAGGCUUCCUGUAUCUGGUCUCCAUCCUCUACGCCAUCAAUGACUACGACGCACUUUUCGACUCGGCCUACCCCAUUGCCGAAAUCUACCGCCAAGCUACAGGGUCCGCCGCUGGAGCUAUUGGCCUACUGUGCCUGUUGCUUUUCUGCAUUACACUGAACGUUGUUGGAGUCUACAUCACUGCUGGACGGACACUCUGGACUCUGGCUCGCGACCGUGCCACACCCUUCCCCCAAUUCUUCAGUCAGGUGAACGAACGCCUAGGGAUGCCUCUCAACGCUACAAUCGCCUGUGCUGUUAUCUCCACGAUCCUAGGAUGUAUCUACGUCGGCAGCACCACUGCAUUCAACGCCUUCGUUGGUAGCUACGUCCUCAUGAGCUCGGCUUCUUAUCUCUCCGCGAUUCUGCCUCAUCUCUUGACGGGACGGAAAAACAUCGUCUACGGUCCGUUCAGGCUGCCAGAUUGGCUUGGUUUCGCAAUGAACUUCAUUGGGUGCGGCUACAUGCUAACUUGGUUCGUCUUGUACUCAUUCCCGUUCGCCUUGCCGGUCGAUGCACAGAAUAUGAAUUAUGCAUGCUUGAUCUGGGGUGGUUUGACCAUCUUCGUGGCCAUUUGGUGGUUCAUUGGACCUCGCAAGAACUAUGAAGGACCGGUUACGAUUGGUGGUACCACUGAGGUCGACCAGCUUCGACGCCCGAGCGUUGAGUUAAGAAAGAGGUCAAUCUAA